AUGGUGCUCCUCGACUUGCUGACUUUGGGGUUGUGGUCAAAGCUCGGAAGGUUGACCCAUUAUGCCUUUGAUGCUGUCCUCUUUUCCGCAUUCCUCGCAGGAAUGAAGCGCUCGACCGGUCUCACGCCCAGUUUCAAGACAGAGAAAAUGGCUGGCGAAAACAAGGAGAUGUCGAAGUGGGUGGACAAGUACUUGGGCGUUGGGGAGUGGGUGAUGGACCAGUCGGUGGCUAUUGCCGGGUCCAGCGGGUGGUUCACUCGCACUCGGUAG